AUCGGUUCUCGCCUGGUGUGCUAGAGAAAGAUCCACCUCUGGCACAACAGCCGAAAGGCCGAAAUUCUCGAGAGGUAGAGCUAGACAAGAUGUUGCAGGGAAGAAUACUACCGCCGAGACUGGCGUCUCCAGGUUCCCUUAAAUGGUCUCGUGCCUGCUGCAUCAUGGCAAAGCAUCGAUGUAAAGCAGGAUUCAGGCUCGAGAACCAGGAACGAUCCCAGCUCUCUAACGGCUUGAGAUUUCGAGAGGAUUGGAUUCUGCACCGAUGGCGAAUUUAAUUAGUGGCAAGGUUUCCUUGAGCAUGCUUGUGGGAAGCCUGUUGCUCUUCUCGUUUCUGAUCGAUUCCGCGGUUGCUCACGGAGGAGCAGCCGAUGAGGGCGUCGAUGAGGCGUCGGUAAAUCUCAGGGCCAAGAGUUUGAUUCUCGUCAAGAUUUACUGCUUGAUCAUAAUCUUCUUUGCCACCUUCCUUCCUGGUAUUUCACCCUACUUCUUCCGAUGGAACUAUGGAUUUCUCGUUCUGGGAAUCCAAUUCGCUGGAGGCGUCUUCUUGGCCACUGCGAUGCUUCAUUUUCUCGGCGACUCCAACGACACCUUCGGGUCGCUCACGCCCAAGACUUAUCCGUUCGCAUUCAUGCUGGCUUGUUCUGGUUACCUCAUCACAGCGGUGGCAGAUGUCAUAAUUCAGUCAAUCUAUCUUCGUCAGUCACAGAACAGACGCACUUCAGAUGCUGAAACCGGCAAGGAAUCAGCGAUAACAGGAGCUGUUGGCCCGAAUGAUCAUGAGGCAGGGCACAUGGUCCAAGCCACCUUGAUACACACCGCUUCCAUGGGAGACGCCGUGUUGCUGAUCCUCGCUCUUUGUUUUCACUCAGUUUUUGAGGGCAUCGCCAUUGGUGUGGCAGCAAAUAAAGCUGAUGCUUGGAGAUCCCUCUGGACCAUCUCGCUGCACAAAGUAUUUGCAGCUAUUGCCAUGGGCAUUGCCCUCUUGCGGAUCCUCCCAAACAGGCCGUUUCUUUCAUGUGCUGCUUAUGCACUUGCUUUCGCCAUCUCCAGUCCAGUCGGUAUAGCCAUUGGAAUCAUUAUCGACUCUACAACUCAAGGGAGCACGGCAGACUGGAUAUACGCCAUCUCUAUGGGAUUUGCAGCAGGUGUCUUCAUAUACGUGGCGAUCAAUCAUCUCUUGGCCAAAGGUUUCAUUCCUCCAAAUAACGAGAAAGUUGCAGUGGACACGCCUGUCCUCAAACUUCUUGCCUUUGCGUUGGGACUUGGCGUUUUGUUCGUGGUCAUGAUCUGGGAUUAAUCUACCCAGGGAGAGCGAACCGUGUCCAUCCGUCGUCAUCACAGCGUCCUGCUCUACAUAUAUAAUGCUGUCCAAUAUGCCAUCUGUUGUAGCGUACCAGAAUGCGCGAGGGGAAUUCUGGUGGUAGACCAGGCAACAAUUGAAAAACAAUAAGAAAACAACAUGGAGUCUUACGCGACAACCACUGACGCUGCUGGACCCUGCUGCGACCCAAUUGUACAUGACAUCACGAGAUUCAGGUUCACGCCGAGGCCAGGGUGUAACUAGAGAAACCGCAAGUUUUUUGCAGCUCUGGAUCAUCUCUACGGCCCACCAUGCCAAAAGUUGGUCUGCACGGUAAGACCAUACGAACAAGUAUCAGGACAUUAGGAACAGAACUAGAUUUAGUUUGGUACUCAGUUUGAUAACAUAUUCAGCUUCCCCGAUACUCAAAUUUUUUAGCUCAGUGACGGAUCCUUCAGGUUUUAUACUUACAAUUUACUAUACCCGCUGUAGAUUACAAUGCGUGUUGUACAUUCAGCAAGGUCAACUGAAUCUGUUAUCAACAAACAAACUCUAGUUCUUGCCAAUAAAAAUUUAGCAUUGGAUUCCAAUCAAGGACGUAUAUCCCGGGGUCCAAAUGUUUUACUUUCAAAUGGAAACUUUAGGUGAUAUCAAAUUUUGUCCACUUUAUAAACUUAAAUAUUAUACUGCGUAGUUUAGUUUCCA